GUCCCUUUAUGCGUGUUGGUAGUGGAAACAUCGGAGAACAUACUUGCACUUACAGUAGGUGUCAGUGCACGCUGGAGGAGCCAGACGCUGAUGAAAACGUGGCUGGAAGACGAGCGGCGUGGGGGAGACGUGGAGAACAUCAUUUAUUUGGUGAGGAUGGAGCAGCAUGAGACGAAGAGCAGAGGAGGAGUGGGGGGAUAAACUCAGCGAUGGAGAGUGAGUGAGAGGGAACAAGAGGGGGGAGGAGCACAGAGAUGAUUCCUCUCUCUAAUCCUCUAGACACACGCUUGGUCUGGCUGCCUACUGGCUCAGGGAGAGAGAGAGACGGAGGCAGGUGGAAGGGGCGAGCGGCGAGAGGCUGAGCGAGAAGGGAAAAACAAGAUGAAGGGAAGAGAAGAACGGAGAGUAGCCUCCUGUAAACACCGCUGAGCGAAGCAGAGAGCGCGAGAGAGGCAGUAACGGCAGGACGAGGAGGAAACCAGUGGCUGGAGCACGGUGUGGAGCAGAGGGAAGGAGGCGGUGGAGCACUGUGAUGCUUCGCUCCGGAGCUGCCUGAGGAACCACACGGAGGAGGAUUCCCCUAGAAACGGAGCGAAAGAGGGAGAGAGAGAGAGAGAGAGAGAGAGAGAGGAAGAAGAGCAUGGAGGAGUGGAGCGUGAGCAGAGGUCCCUGGUUGCUGAGGCUCACAUGAGUGAAUGGACCUGAGCCCAGUCACUUACUACAAGAUGCUGUCAAAGACUCAGAGUGUGAGGGUGGAGUGUUAGUGUGCACGCGAUGGAUAUCUGUCUCCACAAACUACAGCCGCUCUUCAAAACUCCAAGCAGAAGUAAAUGGUGUCACUCACUGUGUGUGUGUGUGUGGGUGUGUGUGUGUGUGUCAGUGUCAGGAACAUCUGAGUGGCCAGCUGUUUAGAAAGUAAAGGUCAAGUGCACCGAGAGGAGGAGAACAGGGAGCAAAGAGGGAAGACGUGCUCACGUGAGCAGGUGCACGGACGAGGAAUUACCCCCCCACACACACACCUACGCACGCUUAGUGUGUGUGCAGCGAACGCACAAAAGCUUUAGUCGAAGCAUCUCGUGCUCUUGAGGGCGCUGGUGUGUGUUUUAGCACAUACAAAUGCGACCCAUGGGGCAUUUUUGAACCCUCUGACUCCUCCCUACGCUCACCUGCCCGUCGGAGGCCGGCCCCCCGCCUCGUCUCCACUCAGCGCGUGGACCCGAAGGCUCCGGAGCCCGCUGACCGGGAAGCCCACCAGAAGCGGGGCCAGCCCUGACUGCCUGCGCCCAGUGGAUGUCUCCAAACCGCAGCCAUGGGAGAGUGGACCAUCCUGGAGCGCCUCCUGGAGGCCGCCGUGCAGCAGCACUCCACCAUGAUUGGGAGAAUCCUGUUGACGGUGGUGGUGAUCUUCCGUAUCCUGAUCGUGGCCAUCGUCGGCGAAACCGUCUACGAGGAUGAGCAGACCAUGUUCAUCUGCAACACUCUGCAGCCGGGCUGCAACCAGGCCUGCUACGACAAGGCCUUCCCCAUCUCCCACAUCCGUUACUGGGUCUUCCAGAUCAUACUGGUCUGCACGCCCAGCCUCUGCUUCAUCACCUACUCCGUCCACCAGUCAGCCAAGCAGAGGGACCGCCGCUACUCCUUCCUCUAUCCCAUAAUGGAGAGGGACUACGGCGGACGGGACGGGGCGCGGAAGCUCCGCAACAUCAACGGGAUUCUAGUUCAGCACGGCGGAGACGGCGGGGGAGGGAAGGAGGAGCCCGACUGCCUGGAGGUGAAGGAGAUCCCCAACGCCCCCAGAGGCCUCACGCACGGGAAAAGCUCCAAGGUUCGUCGGCAAGAAGGCAUCUCCCGCUUCUACAUCAUCCAGGUGGUGUUCAGGAACGCGCUGGAGAUCGGCUUCCUGGCGGGCCAGUACUUCCUGUACGGCUUCAGCGUGCCGGGGAUCUUCGAGUGCGACCGCUACCCGUGUCUGAAGGAGGUGGAGUGCUACGUGUCGCGGCCGACGGAGAAGACGGUGUUCCUGGUGUUCAUGUUCGCCGUGAGCGGCAUUUGCGUGGUGCUGAACCUGGCGGAGCUCAACCACCUCGGCUGGCGCAAGAUCAAGGCGGCCAUCAGGGGCGUCCAGGCCCGCAGGAAGUCGAUCUGCGAGAUCAGGAAGAAGGACAUGGCGCAUUUGUCGCAGCCGCCCAACCUGGGCCGCACACAGUCCAGCGAAUCGGCGUACGUCUGACGAGGAGGGGGAGAAAAACAGGAGGAGGGGGCCGACUGUGCAAGAGAGAGCAUGAAUUCAUUAUGAUUUUAAUUUGAUAAAAGCAGCAUGGGGGGUCGAGGAAGAGGACCUCUUCUCUGUGAUGUAAUGAAACAGAAUGUAAAAAGACCAAAUCUCUGGCUCCAGAGUUCAGAAAACUAGAGGAAGAAGAAAAUGUCAAAACAGAAAGGUGACAGACGCGUUUUGAUCUCUUGGGGAGAUAUUCCAACUGCCAUUUUAUACUUUUGAGUUUUUUUACUAAUUACCUGCUCCUCGCUUCUUUUACUGGGAGGUACAAACGACGGGAGGUUGGAACAGACGGACUAUAAAAAAAGAGAGGAGCAUAAGUGUGAGACUGUUGUGUGUUCUUUGGGGAUAUUGCAGGAGGAUGACAGUGUUUGACGCUUCCUAUGGUGCUUUUCUUCUGGAUCGUGUCAGCCUGAAUGAAAAAGGAAAUGACGGCGGCGUCAUUAAAGGAGAAACGGAAGGGCCGUCAAAGCCACGACAGGCUGUGGAGGACCUGGGCCGGGGGUACGGGGCGGACGUCACACUCUGGGAACGCAUGUGAAACAAAGCCAGGCGGGAGAGAAGGGAGGGGACAUUUUUCUUUCCUUGCCGGAGACUGGAGGUGAACCGAAGCCAGAGGGGAAAGCGCUGCCUCCGAUCAGUGUCAGAGUCGCCUCCGUGGGCCAAGACCAAGGGAAGGAGAGCGACGAUGCUUACGCUCCGUCUCUUGGCGAACGGUGAUUUUAACACAAACACGGCGAGUAGCAUAAACACUGCUCCUCUCGCCUCCUCGCUUCCACGGCUGGCGGCCGCGCGCUCCGCGUGCCGCCGGUGACCCCUCGCUGCUCUCGCGCUACGUAAACUUUGCAGAGGAACGAGUGAAGGGGACGAACAAGCGGCGCGGGGACGUCAGUCUCUCCGGGAGCUCAAAGUAAACGUCCCCCCGGUCGCCCGCAUUCCUGCGAGCGGAGAAACGGGGAGAGAGAGAGGAGCAGAGCUGGAGACUAAAGAGCAGGAACAGAUCACUUUAUUACAACUUUACACAAAUUUUAUAAAGUAUAUCACCAUAAGUUAUGAUUUUUAUUUUGAGAAAGCUAUGGUGCCAUCCUUGAGAUAUUUAAUUACUGUUAAAGAUUUACAUAAAGUAUAUCAUCAUAAUAUUAUUUAUCCAUUUAGACUAUAUUCAAAUAGAUUUAUUUAACUUUGCAGGUGGGUUGGUUGCAAUCUGAUGUUGCUGUUUUUUUUAAGUGUAUAAUCUGUCCGUCCUUUUUUAUUUUAUUUUAUUUCUGUUUAGUCUAAAGCGUUUCUCGCUGAUGGAGCCGAUGACUGAUGUGUAGCGGUGGGAAGGGACGCGUUGCUGGGCCUCGGCCACGUCGAGCCGCUUCGUGAGACUCGUGUUUACGCGACACUCCGUCCCUUGAAGGGAGAGCCGUGUUCUUCGCAUCCUAGUGGUUUUCAUUUUGCGUUUCUCUCCUGACUGGAUUUCAGCAUGCAUGCCUUGUACGAGAAAAAAGUGAAGGAAUGAUGUGAACGGAAACAGAAAACGAUAAUCGGGAGCGUUGCACCUUGAUUAAUGCAGACGAGUGGGCGAGUGGCAGACUGGAGGAACUCGUGAUGGGACGUGGGCUGUGUUGUUGGACACGCGGGGACAUUCACAAGUGCAUCAUUUUAAAACUAGGAGCUUUCACAUGAAACCAGACAUAAGGACAGUUUGGUGAACACACGGAGCAGCGUGAUGAAACUUUGGCUAUCAGGUCCAAGGGAAAACAGAUUUUUCAUCCUAGUAACAUUUAUUGGCUGUAAACGCACCUGAUGAGUGGUCUUACGUUUCGCAUGCGCCGCGCAGUAAACAGGAUAACGUAUCACUCGUGACACUGUAAGCUGCCUAAACCAGCAGCUACAGCAGGUCCUCGCGCAGCAGCGGAUGCGGGAGCAGAAAUCCCCCGUCUCCCCUCGCUGUCGCCGCCACAGUCUUUGCGAUUCUUACAGGUGAUUAUCCCCAGAUUUAGACUCCUCUCAGGAUCUCCACGGGGCUCAAUGGGAUUGGUGCGCUCCACUGUAUGCGCUAGGAGCGACAAAUACGCUAACGGUGCAUGGCCCAAUGCCUAAUAAUAGAGGCUGGAUCUUGGCUUCCCUCAGCUACUGAGCUCCGCAUGGUGCUUCUAGUGAAGGCUUAAACCUUGGGCUUAAAGGCCAAGCCAAUGUCCUGUACAGUUCCUGCUGGAGGGUCGCUGCGCUGAUCUAAUCUCCACAGCGUUCAGGUCAAAGCUUGUGUUUUGAGUGAGUAGUAAAUACGCAUGAGAUGGACAUAAAGGUCUAUUUAAAGAAAGAAACUGUGCAUACGGCAGAUUUAAGGCCACACCGCUCCACUUGGACCGUUGUUAUGUCUGGUUUCAUUCAGGACAGGAACCCAAACAGGCACCGAGGACGUAGGCGGCCAUAAAUGUGUCCCGGGUUCCUUCGCUUCACAUUCAUCCAGCGUUAAUAGUGACGCAUUACUCCUGCAGUCCCACGAUCCAACACGCAAGCGGGUCCCAGAUCUUCCGACAGCCCGUUACUCUCUCCCCGUCUACUUUUCUAUUUGUCAAUGUGAAAUUAAUUAUGCAACUUUUCUUUCUCUUUUUUUUUGACUUGUGGAUUAAUUUUGUUGUCUGUUGCUCUUUUUGUGCAGUGACAUAUCAAAAAAAGAAAGAAUUAUUUCUAUGUAAAAGAACUACAUUUAUUUUCAAUGUGUAAAAUCAAGGGUCGAGUGUUGAAAUAUAAGACUAGAAGAAAAAAUAUGUUACUUCUCCUCCCUUGCCAAAGUGAUAUGCAAAAUCUCAGUAAUUUUAAAAGAUUUUUUUAUGCAUGCGUAAUGGCUAUAGAAUAAGCAUGUUUCUAUGUUUUUGUCAACAACAAAGUCUUUAAAGGAAGUUUUUUAGUCCAAACUUUGGAGCGAAGCUAUUACGUCUUGAUGCCAAGUGUGUAUAUAAACCCCCCAGGUUUUCUGACGGUUCACAGGAGACACUCGACUGUGUUCAAACUACCUAUGACAGAUCCUCCAUCUGUUUCUACUACUUUUGAAAAGCCACUACAAACAGUAACUCUUCUACUUCAAUUUAUUUGCACAUGAAUAUGAAUCCCUUUAUAAUCGGUUGUAGAAGACGUUUUAUUCUCCAAGCCGACCUUUAGAUUUAACACAGGGUACACAGGAAUAAAAGCAUUCAGGCCAGGCUGACACCUUCUCGUCAGACAACAAAGCAUUCCAGGAUUUAGUCCCCAGCACAAUGUCGAGCUGAUCUACACUUAAGACCAUUGUAUUUGAAUAUGACUCAUCCUUAGUAAAACAACUACACUGACAGCAGUCUCAGGAAAGAAAGCAUUCAAUCUUUUACACAAAUCUUUUCUAGUGAAAAUGCUGUUUCUAUGGUAAAAGACGAAAUCGCUUUUAUAGACCGAGUCUCACUCCAUUGCUCCCUCGUACUGUGAAGCCCAGCCCACACAACUGUCUUCAAGCCUGAUUAUUUACCUGUUGGUGCUACUGAGGUUGGACUCUGUACCAAGAACGUGAAUCUGAGAUCCGAUGCCUCGCGUCCAGCGCACUACUGCCCCACAUACCACAGGUCACGUAGCGAAGCAGACCCCCCCCUAACUCCCGACUGUUACUAGAAACGCAGGCUCGUCUGCAAAAGCGGGCGAGGGUUCCAUCGUCUCGAAUCUCCGCACGAGCUUCGUACGGUAAAACAGUAGCAAACAAUUUGACUCCUCAGGAACGCGGCACGCGAUUCAGCUGUUCCAUUCAUCAACACCAAGCUCAUCCAACGCCUGCAUUAUUGUUGAUGCUGCUGCCAGAAGGACCUUAGAUUACCUCCGUAAUCAUGUAGCCAUUGCUGAGGGCUGGAGAGUGUCCCUUGAGCAAGUUUUUCAAACGCCCCUCUCACACAUCCAAGGGCUUCUUGCUUCUUACAACCUAAAAAGCCAUAGUUUCAAAAAGCUAUUUCAGACUUGCCUUGGCGCUUUAUUUUGAAGGAGCACAUCAGUGCUCGUGGGCCAGGAUUAAUCAUAUGUAGUCAAUUAGGUGACCUUGACACGUUUUUUUCAAAUGAAAAGGUUUUUACCGUGUUUAAUUGAACGUAAAAAAAGAAAGUAUGUAAAUUAUAAAGCUCUUUUCCUCCGAAUGCUCGGCUUUAGUGUUUAUUCUGAGAUAAAAAGCUCCCUCCCCUCCGCGGCCCUGAUGAUACUGGUGGUGCUGUCCGGUCGGUGGGUUACAGUAGAUUACCACUACGACCAUUUCAGGGCUCAGGAGCAGAUCUCUCAACCUCCCACUAAUCUGUCAUGAUUUCAGUAGUAGUUACUUCAUCUAAUUACGCUGAGUGGCAGCGUGGAAUCAAAAGCGCCGUCCGGAUUUGACCGCGACCGCCCUCGGGCACCUGUCUCUCACCAGCACCCUCUCCACGUCUCCAGCGAGCUCGAACCGGAUCCCCUUCCAUCCGCGGCGCGCGUCUGUAAGAGAGAGAGCAGACGCCUGAGUGGUGGUGAUAUGUGAGGGGAGCAGGGGAGCAACGCCAGCUUUGGCCAAUAUUUGGCAUCCUAUGGUGGUGAUCAAUAAUCAAGGCAUCGGAAAGGGAAACCAGUUUAAAACAUUAGCCCUAGCAACUUGUCAUACGUCAGCAUAGCUUCAACUGCGACAUCUGUACAGAUGUAAAAUCAUGGACUUAAAAAAACGGAAUGAUGAAGGACACACUUACGUUUGCUCACGCUUUGUAACCUGCAUCUAAAAAUCUGACUGCAGAUUUUACGGCGUACCUGACGAACCUCUGUGGAAGGUUCACUGUAUAUUUCUGACUGGUGUACUGUAUGUAAAGACUGAAUAAAACCUUGAAUGUUACAACAAGCCUGAA